UGUGUCAACUACAAAGCACAUGACUGCACAGGCCGCACCAUGCUCUCCCUGCUCCGCAGACCUCUGCUCUUUGUCCCCCGCUCCGGUCGCACCAUGUCCGGGGUGUCUCUGCGGGUGUCCCCGGGCCGCUGUCUCUAUGACGAGCCUCUGCAGCUCCAGGUCCGCGGUCUGAGCCCCGGGCAGGACGUCAGUCUCCGCACCGCUCUGACCGAUGAGGCCGGGGAACUGUUCACCUCCGUGGCUCUGUACCGGGCGGACAGCGGCGGGGAGCUGGAGCUGAGCCGGAGCCCGGCCCUGGAAGGCGGCAGCUACACCGGAGUGGAGCCGGAGGGGCCCCUGUGGUCCCUGGAGCCCCAGACUCCCCUCAGGCGGCUGCUGAAGAAGGACGUGCGGAGCCCCUUCCAGCUGCGCUUCUCCCUGCACCAGGCCCACUGCCCGCCCGGGGCUCUGCUGGCUGCUGCCGCCCAGGACAGGAGCUUCAUGGGGGAAGGAGUGACCCGGGAGCCGGUGCGGGAGGGACGGGUGCGGGGGAGCCUCUUCCUGCCGCCCGGUCCAGGUCCAUUUCCAGGAAUUAUUGAGGUUCCAGGUAUAGGCGGAGGCCUCCUCGAAUACAAGGCAAGCCUGUUGGCCAGUAGAGGCUUUGCCACGCUGGCAUUAGCUUACUAUAACUAUGAAGAUCUACCUAAAAAAAUGAAGGAGUUUCGUCUGGAAUACUUUGAAGAAGCAGUGAACUAUAUGCUGCAGCAUCCUCAGGUGAAGGGUCCAGGAAUAGGUCUGUUUGGCCAUUCUAAAGGGGGAGACUUAGUCCUGUCUAUGGCCUCUUUCCUUAAAGGCAUCACUGCGACGGCUGUUGUAAAUGGCUCGGUGGCUAAUGCUGGAGCUGCCCUUCACUAUAAGGACAAUACUCUGCUUCCUAUUGGCUAUGACAUUAAAAAUGCAACAUACCCAAAGCCUGGAGUGGCUGAUAUACGUGAUGUAGUGUAUAAUCCUUUAGAAGAAGCUAACCGCAAGAGCCUUAUACCUGUUGGAAAAGCCGACUGCAAGUUUCUGUUUAUUGUGGGCGAGGAUGACCGGAAUUGGAACAGCGACUUCCAUGCCCAAACAGCAUGCCAGCUUCUGGAAGCCGAAGGGAAAGAAAAGCCAGAAGUUGUGUAUUAUCCCAAAGCUGGCCAUUACAUUGAGCCGCCAUAUUUCCCCUUGUGUCAAAUAUCUAUGCAUGUGUUUGUUGGUUUCCCUGUGGUUUGGGGAGGGGAACCGAAGGCUCAUGCACUGGCACAAGUGGACUCAUGGCAAAGAAUUCAGGCAUUCUUCCACAAACAUCUAAACCAAAAACAUGUCCUGGAGAGCAAAUGGUGACCUAUUUUUCUAUGAAAGCCUAAAAGGGGUACUCCGGUGGAAAUCUAUUUUUUUUUUUACUAAUCAACUGGUGGCAGAAAGUUAUACAGAUUUGUAAAUUACUUCUAUUUAAUAAUCUUAAUACUUCCAGUUCUUAUCAGCUGCAGAGGAAGUUGUGUAGUUCUUUCCAGUCUGACCAUAGUGCUCUCUGCUGACACCUCUGACCAUGUAAAGAACUGUCUGUAGCAGGAGUUUUGCUAUGGGGAUUUGUUACUACUUUGGACAGUUCCUGACAUGGACAGAGGUGUCAGCAGAGAGCACUGUGGUCAGACUGGAAAGAACUACACAACUUCCUCUGGAGCAUACAGCAGCUGAUAAGUACUGGAAGGAUUAAGAUUAUUAUAAAGGAGUAAUUUACAAAUCUGUUUAAUCUUUUAGCGCCAGUUGAUUUUAAAUAAAUAAAAAAGUGUUUUCCACUGGAGUAAGCGUAGGGUUACACGUAACGGAUCCGCAGCAUAAAAUACACUGAGGAUCGGCCGGUAACCUGACCCAUAUGUUGCCUUUAGCUGUUGGUUGCUGUGGGAAAAUCCAUUUUUUCUCUCACACAGUUUGAUAAAUCUGGGCCAUUGAGCAUGAAGCCUCAGACUGGAAACCUUAUCUCUAGAGAUGAGCAAACUUACAGUAAAUUCGAUUCGUCACGAACUUCUCGGCUCGGCAGUUGAUGA